AUGGCCCAAGGUUCACAGAAGUUUAAAGCCCAGCGGCCUGGAGCCUCAAAGAAGCACCAGCAGAACAAGCAGAAAGGACCAAAGAAAGGAGGAAGAAUAAUCGCUCCCAAGAAGGCUCAAGUGGUCCAACAACACAAACUAAAAAAGGGUUUAGAAGUGGCCAUUCGGAAAAGGAUCGAGCAGGAGGUGACGCAGAGGGCCAGCUCUUCUUUGCAUAAACCUCUAGCAGUGAUCAAAAUGCCUCAAACUAAAGACUCAAAAGGAUCAAUGCAACCAGGAACAAGCUCGAAGUAG